AUGCUGAAAUUCAAGUAUGGAUCGCGGAGUCAGCUGGACGCUGGUGCUGCUGAGCCCAUUACCAGCCGGGCCUCUAGGCUGAAUCUCUUCUUCCAGGGGAAACCACCCUUUGUGAGUCAACAGCAGCUGUCUUCUCUUUCCCGGGAAGGGGUGUUAGAUGCCCUCUUUGUUCUCUUUGAAGAAUGCAACCAGCCUGCUCUGAUGAAGAUGAAGCAUGUGAGCACCUUUGUCCGGAAGUAUUCCAACAUCAUAACUGAGUUACAGGAUCUCCAGCCUUCUGCAAAGGACUUUGAAGUCAGAAGUCUUGUAGGCUGUGGUCACUUUGCUGAUGUGCAGGUGGUCAGAGAGAAAGCUACUGGGAACAUCUAUGCCAUGAAAGUGAUGAAGAAGAAGACCCUGAGGGCCCAGGAGCAGGUUUCAUUUUUUGAGGAAGAACGGAACAUACUAUCUCGGAGCACAAGCCCUUGGAUCCCCCAACUGCAGUAUGCCUUUCAGGACAAAAAUAGCCUUUAUCUGGUCAUGGAAUACCAGCCCGGAGGGGACUUGCUGUCACUCUUGAAUAGAUAUGAGGACCAACUAGAUGAAAAUAUGAUUCAGUUUUAUCUAGCCGAACUGAUUCUGGCUGUUCACAGUGUUCAUCAGAUGGGAUAUGUACAUCGAGAUAUCAAGCCUGAGAAUAUUCUUAUUGACCGAACAGGGCAUAUUAAACUGGUGGAUUUUGGAUCUGCGGCUAAAAUGAAUUCAAAUAAAAUGGUGAAUGCCAAACUCCCAAUUGGGACUCCCGAUUACAUGGCCCCUGAAGUGUUGACCGUGAUGAAUGGGGAUGGCAAAGGUGUCUAUGGCCUGGAGUGCGAUUGGUGGUCCGUGGGUGUGAUUGCUUACGAGAUGGUUUAUGGGCGAUCACCAUUUACUGAGGGUACCUCAGCCAGAACCUUCAGUAACAUCAUGAAUUUCCAGAGGUUUUUGAAGUUUCCAGAUGACCCCAAAGUGAGCAAUGAAUGUCUUGAUCUGUUUCAAAGUUUGUUGUGUGGACAGAAAGAGAGACUGAACUUUGAGGGCCUUUGCUGUCAUUCUUUCUUCGCUAAAAUUGACUGGAAGAACAUUCGUAACUCUCCUCCCCCCUUCGUUCCCACCCUCAAGUCUGAUGAUGACACCUCCAAUUUUGAUGAACCAGAGAAGAAUUCGGGGGUUUCAUCCUCUCUGUGCCAGCUGAACCCCUCAGGUUUCUCAGGCGAAGAGCUGCCAUUUGUGGGGUUUUCAUACAGCAAAGCACUGGAGAUUCUUGGUAGAUCUGAGUCUGUUGUGUCUGGUCUGGACUCCCCUGCCAAGACUAGCUCCAUGGAAAAGAAACUUCUCAUCAAAAGCAAAGAGCUGCAAGACUCUCAGGAUAAGUGUCACAAGAUGGAGCAGGAAAUGACCCGGUUACAUCGGAGAGUGUCUGAGGUGGAGGCUGUCCUUAGUCAGAAGGAGGUGGAGCUGAAGGCCUCUGAGACUCAGAGAUCCCUCCUGGAGCAGGACCUUGCUACCUACAUCACAGAAUGCAGUAGCUUAAAGCGAAGUUUGGAGCAAGCACGGAUGGAGGUGUCCCAGGAGGAUGACAAAGCACUGCAGCUUCUCCAUGAUAUCAGAGAGCAGAGCCGGAAGCUCCAAGAAAUCAAAGAGCAGGAGUACCAGGCUCAAGUAGAAGAAAUGAGAUUGAUGAUGAAUCAGUUGGAAGAAGACCUUGUCUCGGCAAGAAGACGAAGCGAUCUCUACGAAUCUGAGCUGAGAGAGUCUCGACUCGCUGCUGAAGAAUUCAAGCGGAAAGUGACAGAAAGUCAGCAUAAACUGGUGAAGGCUAAGGAUCAAGGGAAGCCUGAAGUGGGAGAAUAUGCCAAACUAGAGAAGAUCAAUGCUGAUCAGCAACUCAAAAUUCAGGAGCUCCAAGAGAAACUGGAAAAGGCUGUCAAAGCCAGCACAGAGGCCACCGAGCUCCUUCAGAAUAUCCGCCAGGCAAAAGAGCGAGCUGAGCGGGAGCUGGAGAAGCUGCAGAAUCGGGAAGAUUCUUCCGAAGGCAUAAAAAAGAAACUGGUGGAAGCCGAGGAACGCCGCCAUUCUCUGGAGAACAAGGUAAAGAGGCUAGAGACCAUGGAGCGUAGAGAAAACAGACUGAAGGAUGACAUCCAGACAAAAUCCCAACAGAUCCAGCAGAUGGCUGAUAAAAUUCUGGAGCUGGAGGAGAAGCACCGCGAGGCCCAGGUCUCAGCCCAGCACCUAGAGGUGCACCUGAAACAGAAAGAGCAGCACUACGAGGAAAAAAUUAAAGUGUUGGACAGUCAGAUCAAGAAAGACCUGGCCGAUAAGGAGACCCUGGAGAAUAUGAUGCAAAGGCACGAAGAGGAAGCCCAUGAGAAAGGCAAAAUUCUCAGCGAGCAGAAGGCGAUGAUCAAUGCUAUGGAUUCCAAGAUCAGAUCCCUGGAGCAGAGGAUUGUGGAACUGUCCGAAGCCAAUAAGCUUGCGGCAAAUAGCAGUCUUUUUACCCAGAGGAACAUGAAGGCUCAGGAGGAGAUGAUUUCAGAGCUCAGACAACAGAAGUUCUACCUGGAGACACAGGCUGGAAAGUUGGAGGCCCAGAACCGAAAGCUAGAGGAGCAGCUGGAAAAAAUCAGUCACCAGGACCACAGCGACAAGAAUCGACUGCUGGAGCUAGAGACGAGGCUGCGGGAGGUCAGCCUGGAACACGAGGAGCAGAAACUGGAGCUAAAGCGCCAGCUCACGGAUCUACAGCUCUCCCUUCAGGAGCGUGAAUCCCAGCUGACGGCCCUGCAGGCUGCCCGGGCAGCCCUGGAGAGUCAGCUUCGCCAGGCAAAGACGGAGCUGGAGGAGACCACAGCAGAAGCAGAAGAAGAGAUCCAGGCGCUCACGGCACAUAGAGAUGAAAUCCAGCGCAAAUUUGAUGCUCUCCGUAACAGCUGUACUGUAAUCACAGAUCUAGAAGAGCAGCUAAAUCAAUUGACAGAGGACAAUGCUGAGCUCAACAACCAAAACUUCUACUUGUCCAAACAACUGGAUGAGGCUUCUGGUGCCAAUGAUGAGAUUGUGCAACUGCGAAGUGAAGUGGACCAUCUCCGCCGGGAAAUCAGCGAGCGGGAGAUGCAACUCACUAGCCAGAAGCAAACGAUGGAGGCGCUGAAGACCACGUGCACAAUGCUGGAAGAGCAGGUCAUGGACCUGGAGGCCCUGAACGACGAGCUGCUGGAGAAGGAGCGGCAGUGGGAGGCGUGGAGGAGCGUCCUCGGUGACGAGAAGUCCCAGUUUGAGUGUCGGGUGCGAGAGCUGCAGAGGAUGCUGGACACUGAGAAGCAGAGCAGGGCGAGAGCCGACCAGCGCAUCACCGAGUCGCGUCAAGUAGUGGAGCUGGCAGUGAAGGAGCACAAGGCGGAGAUCCUUGCCCUCCAGCAGGCUCUCAAGGAGCAGAAGCUGAAGGCCGAGAGCCUCUCUGACAAGCUCAAUGACCUGGAAAAGAAGCACGCAAUGCUUGAAAUGAAUGCCCGGAGCUUACAGCAGAAGCUGGAGACAGAGCGAGAGCUCAAACAGAGGCUCCUGGAAGAGCAAGCCAAAUUACAGCAGCAGAUGGACCUGCAGAAGAAUCACAUUUUCCGCCUGACUCAAGGAUUGCAGGAGGCUCUUGAUCGGGCUGACCUGCUGAAGACAGAGAGGAGUGAUCUGGAGUAUCAGCUAGAAAACAUUCAGGUUCUCUAUUCUCAUGAAAAGGUGAAAAUGGAAGGGACAAUUUCUCAGCAAACCAAACUCAUCGAUUUUUUGCAAGCCAAAAUGGACCAGCCUGCUAAAAAGAAAAAGGGUUUAUUUAGUCGACGGAAAGAGGACCCUGCUUUGCCCACACAGGUUCCUCUGCAGUACAAUGAACUGAAGGUGGCCCUGGAGAAGGAGAAAGCUCGCUGUGCUGAAUUGGAGGAAGCCCUCCAGAAGACCCGCAUGGAGCUCCGGUCGGCCCGAGAGGAAGCUGCCCACCGUAAAGCCACGGACCACCCUCACCCGUCCACACCAGCUACCACGAGGCAGCAGAUUGCGAUGUCUGCCAUCGUGCGGUCACCCGAGCACCAGCCCAGCGCCAUGAGCUUGCUGGCCCCGCCUUCCACCCGCAGAAAAGAGUCCUCAAAUCCAGAGGAAUUCAGUCGGCGUCUUAAGGAGCGCAUGCACCAUAACAUUCCUCACCGUUUCAACGUGGGACUGAACAUGCGAGCCACGAAGUGCGCUGUGUGUCUGGACACUGUGCACUUUGGACGCCAGGCAUCCAAAUGUCUCGAAUGCCAGGUGAUGUGUCAUCCCAAAUGCUCCACCUGCAUGCCAGCUACCUGCGGCCUACCUGCUGAGUAUGCCAUGCACUUCACCGAGGCCUUCUGCCGGGACAAAAUGAACUCCCCAGGUCUCCAGGCCAAGGAGUCCAGCAGCAGCUUGCACCUGGAGGGCUGGAUGAAAGUGCCCAGGAAUAAUAAACGAGGACAGCAAGGCUGGGACAGGAAGUACAUUGUUCUGGAAGGUUCUAAAGUCCUCAUUUAUGACAGUGAAUCCAGAGAAGGUGGACAGAGGCCGGUGGAGGAAUUUGAGCUGUGCCUUCCCGAUGGGGACGUGUCUAUUCACGGUGCCGUUGGUGCUUCUGAACUUGCAAAUACGGCCAAAGCAGAUGUCCCAUACAUAUUGAAGAUGGAAUCCCACCCACAUACCACCUGUUGGCCUGGGAGGACCCUGUACUUGCUAGCUCCCAGCUUUCCCGACAAACAGCGCUGGGUCACUGCCUUAGAAUCAGUGGUCGCAGGUGGACGAGUGUCCAGGGAGAAAGCAGAAGCUGAUGCUAAAUUGCUUGGGAACUCUCUGUUAAAGCUGGAAGGCGAUGACCGUCUCGACAUGAACUGCACACUGCCCUUCAGUGAUCAGGUGGUGUUGGUGGGCACCGAGGAAGGGCUCUAUGCACUGAAUGUCUUGAAAAACUCUCUCACCCACGUCCCAGGCGUUGGAGCCGUCUUCCAGAUUUAUGUCAUCAAGGACCUGGAGAAGUUGCUCAUGAUAGCAGGGGAGGAGCGGGCCCUAUGCCUUGUGGACGUGAAGAAAGUGAAGCAGUCUCUAGCUCAGUCUCACCUCCCCGCCCAGCCUGACAUCUCACCCAACAUUUUCGAAGCUGUCAAGGGCUGCCAUUUAUUUGCUGCUGGCAAGAUUGAGAAUGGACUCUGCAUCUGUGCAGCCAUGCCCAACAAAGUUGUCAUUCUUCGUUACAACGAGAACCUCAGCAAGUACUGCAUCCGCAAGGAGAUCGAGACCUCAGAGCCCUGCAGCUGUAUCCACUUCACCAACUACAGUAUCCUCAUUGGAACCAAUAAAUUCUAUGAAAUUGACAUGAAGCAGUACACGCUUGAGGAGUUCCUGGAUAAGAAUGACCAUUCCUUGGCUCCUGCUGUGUUUGCCUCCUCUUCCAACAGCUUCCCUGUGGCCAUCGUGCAGGUGAACGGAGCAGGGCAGCGCGAAGAGUACCUGCUCUGCUUCCAUGAAUUUGGGGUGUUCGUGGAUUCUUAUGGGAGACGUAGCCGCACUGAUGACCUCAAGUGGAGUCGCUUACCUUUGGCCUUUGCUUACAGAGAACCUUACCUGUUUGUGACCCACUUCAACUCACUCGAAGUAAUUGAGAUCCAGGCACGUUCCUCUCUGGGGACCCCGGCCCGAGCGUAUUUGGAAAUCCCCAACCCACGCUACCUGGGCCCUGCAAUUUCGUCAGGAGCGAUUUACCUGGCUUCCUCAUACCAGGACAAACUAAGGGUCAUUUGCUGCAAAGGAAACCUUGUGAAGGAGUCCGGCACUGACCACCACCGGGUGCCCUCCACCUCGCGCAGUAGCCCCAACAAGCGAGGCCCACCAACAUACAAUGAGCACAUCACCAAGCGUGUGGCCUCAAGCCCAGCGCCCCCUGAAGGCCCCAGCCACCCCCGAGAGCCAAGCACACCCCACCGCUACCGGGAGGGGCGGACAGAGCUGCGCAGGGACAAGUCCCCGGGCCGGCCUCUGGAGCGAGAAAAGUCCCCCGGCCGGAUGCUCAGCACGCGCAGAGAGCGGUCCCCUGGGAGGCUUUUUGAAGACAGCAGCAGAGGCCGGCUGCCUGUGGGGGCUGUGAGGACCCCACUAUCCCAGGUCAAUAAGGUCUGGGACCAGUCUUCGGUAUAA